UUUAGCAGUGCGCGGGAUCUGCCCCCCCCCGCCCCCCCGCCUGCACGGAACUCUAUGGUGCGGGAGCGGGGCGCUCUGGCCUCUUGUCUCUGUGGUGCGGAGGCCCCGAGGCGGGGCGGGCCGUCAUGGCAGCGGGCAGCGAGCACAGUUCUGUAGUCCAGGUUCCACAUGCUCCAAGAGCCUUCUGCCUUUAUUUAUGCUGAUAAUUUGUGCCGUUCAGACGGAGCUGUAGUCACAACUCAAGAUGCCACUCUUCUUCCGUAAGAAGAAACCCAGUGAAGAUGCUCGGAAGCGCCUUGAAUACCAAAUGUGCCUGGCAAAAGAGGCUGGUGCCGAUGAUGUUCUUGACAUAUCCAAAUGUGAACUGUUGGAGGUUCCAUACGGGGCCUUUGCAACUUGUAAAGUCCUGCAAAAAAAGGUGCUGAUUAUUCAUACAAAUAAUCUUACAUCUUUAGUUCCAAAGUCCUGUAGCAUCCUGAGUCUCAUCACUGUGAAGGUUCUAGAUCUGCAUGACAACCAGCUGGCAUCGCUUCCUGCUGAUAUUGGUCAGCUGACAUCUCUUCAGGUCCUAAACCUUGAAAGGAAUCUCUUAAAAUGUCUUCCACAAUCUAUAGGGGAUCUUGCCCAGCUCCAGAUCCUCAAUGUGAAAGGCAACAAGCUGAGGGAGCUGCCUGCUACGGUGAGCGGCCUGCGGAGCUUGCGCACUCUGAAUAUCAGUGAGAACCUGCUGCAGGAGCUACCGAGAGUGCUGGCUCACGUCCGCACGCUGGAGACACUGACCCUGGAUGCUUCUUCCAUGACCUACCCAUCAUCUGAUAUUUGCAGUGCAGGUACGGAGUCCAUUCAGCAGUUCCUCUGCAAAGAGUGUGGAAUUGCAUACUACCCUCCCUCAGAGUACGUGCUCCCUGCGCUGGAGAGUGAUGGAGGAGAAACAUCAGUGGAUGGAGGGGACAGGACAGUGCACAAAUACUUGGAGGAGGAGAGCAAGUGGCAGAACAAAUUCUCGGACUAUGAGAAGAGGAAGGAAAAAAAAAUGCAGGAGAAGCUCGAAUUUGAGCGGCGCUUGAACAUGGGGCAAAGAGAACACGCGCUGCUUGUUCAGCAGAUCAACAGUCAGAAGGAUGAGAUACUGCAGACAGUAAGAGAGGAUCAGAUGAGGCUGGAGAAGGGUCUGACAAAGCACCAGCGCCAUUUGGAGGAGGAGCGCCUGAAACUGCUGCAGCAGCUGAAGGAAGCGGAGCAAGGCAUUGCCAGCCGUAUCCAGAAGCUGAUAGAGGACAAUCAGAGGCAAAAGCAGAGUUCAGAUAUUCUGAAAUCCUUGGAGAAUGAGAGAAUAAGGAUGGAACAGCUGAUGGCAAUAACACAGGAGGAGACAGAGCAUCUACGCAGGAGGGAAGUGGCCUCUGCCAUGCAACAAAUGCUGGCCGAGAGCUACAAGAACAAGCUCAUCCAAAUGACCUAUGAAUCUCGUCGGCAAGACCUUGUCAACCAGGCCUGCUCCAGCCUGGCUGAGAUGGAUCAGAAGUUCCAGCAAAUCCUGGCUUGGCAACAGAUGGAUCAGAACAAGGCUGUUAGUCAGAUCUUGCAGCAGAGUGAGAUGCAGAAAGCUGCCUUUGAAGCUCUCCAAGUGAAGAAAGAUCUUAUGCACAGACAGAUCAGGAACCAGAUUAAAUUAAUAGAAACAGAGUUAUUGCAGUUGACACAGCUGGAGUUAAAGAGGCAAGAACUGGACACAGAGACGCUGCAGGAGGUGAUCAUGGAGCAACGCCAAGCACUUGGUUACCUGCUGCAGCAGCUGCUCAAAGAAAAGAAGCAAAGGGAAGAAGAAUUACAACAAAUACUGUUGGAAAUGGAAGCAAAGAGUGAAACCAAACAGGAGAACUACUGGCUGAUCCAGUACCAGCGCCUGCUGAACCAGAAGCCACUCUCCCUGAAACUCCAGGAGGAGGGCUUGGAGAAGCAGCUGGUGAACCUUUUAACUGAGCUGUCAGCUGAACAGUAUGUGCCUGUCUUUGCACACCAUCGAAUUUCCUUGGAAGUGCUCAGCACCAUGACUGCCAGUGACCUGGAAAAGAUGGGCAUUGCAGAGGCUGGCCUGCAGCGUGCCAUCCUCAGACGGGCGCAGGAGAUCCUGGCUGUGGCGAAGACAAUCCCAGAGCUGCUGAGGACGGUGGACACUGAGGUCUCUGCAGCCGUGGAACCCAGUGCCCCUGAGGAGGAGGCCCCGAGCUCCGUGGUCCCCACAGCUCCCCCGCUGCAAUGGGAUGAGAAGAAGUCAGAGUGCGUUGUCUGCAUGGAGCAGGAGGCCCAGAUGAUUUUCCUGCCUUGUGGCCACGUGUGCUGCUGCCAGACCUGCUGCAAGCGGCUGCAGACCUGCCCCCUGUGCCGCAAGGACAUCACACAGCAUGUCCGCAUCUUCUACAGCAGCUAGGCAGGCUGGAGGAAGGCACAGCUGCCCAGCACCACCCUCAUCACACCGUCCCAGGGCGAGGCUCCUCUAUCAAUCAGUAUUAAAUACACUCACACAGCAUGACCAGCGCUGCCCUCUCCCUGCACGCAGCCCUGGUUGGCUGCUGGCUGCACCCAGGGCUCUCAGCAGCCCUCCUCCUUUACCCAGUGGCUUUUAGCCUUUGCCUUGGGUUCAUUCUUCAUCUGCAUCCCCCAUGCAGCCUGCCUGUCCAGCCUGGGAGCCCUGGGUAAUGGAACUGGGCAUAGCGGUGCUCGCUUUUCUCUGGCUGUGUAUUUGCCUUUGGAAUUGCCUCUUGCACAGCAGGGACGCAGUUAGUGCCAUCACCUCUGAAGCCACCAGGAUUCUGCAGCUGCUCUGUUGUGGCCACGGCACUGCCAUUCUUCCAUUUUGGUGGAUUCUCCUGCAGGAGGACUGGGCCGGGGCUGCGUGAUGCUCCGGGAUGCUGAGAGUGCCUUGCACCUGUGUCAUUGCCAAAGGUGCAGGGCUUCUGCUCUGGCAACGUGUGGCAGUGGGGCUGGCGGCUGCAGCAGGGGGCGGGGCUGAGCGAGGUGGUCCCCGUCCCUCAUUCUCACUCCCAUUGAAGAGCAGCGUCUGCGACGGCCCCAGCACCGGGGCUCGAGGGACAGCUCUGGCCAGAAGACAUUCCCCAUGGAGACGUGCUGGGGGGGGGAAGCGUUCCUGGCACGGGGAGCCAGCUCUGCCUUGUGCACGUGUGUUGGCAUCUGAGUUGUUCUCCAUUGUCAUUAAUAAGUAACAAUCCCAGUGGGGCUUUUAGUCUCUUGACCUUAAGUAUAAAACGCAGAGAUAAGCCCGGUCCCGCUGCAGCCCUUUCCCCCAGGAGAAGCUAUUAAAGAGAGCCGGUUUCU